AUGCCCAACCCUCUUCCCGCCCCUCUGACAUUCUACCCCGCCUAUUGCUUCUCCCUCUCACCAACCCACAACACCUGGGCCAGGCUGACCGCCGCCGAUGUCCACGCCCUCCGCGAGCGGACGGGCUUCGAAGGCCAAAAUCUCUUCUUCCACCUCAACCACCCCAUCAAAUGGAUCCGCCUCGUCGGCGUCAUCGUCGCCGUAGACCUCUAUCCUACGCGCUGGAUCGCGCUGCUUGACGAUAGCAGUGGUGCUACGAUUGAAAUAACUUGCGGAAGACCUGCACCGACACCGACGGCACCAAAUGCGAAUUCUACGUCGCUAGCGGAGGGCUCGGCGGGCCUGGGCAGGCUUGAUGCUUUUGAUAAGGGUGUCACGGCUACCGGUCGCGAUGUCGAUCUGAGCGGGGUGGAUAUUGGGACUGUGGUCAAAGUGAAAGGGGGCAUGGGGUCGUUCAGGGAGGUGAGGCAGAUGCUGCUUGAGCGGAUAUCCAUCAUCCGGACUACAAACGAAGAAGCCGCUGCCUGGGCCGAAAAUACCGCUUUCCGAAAGGAGAUACUCAGUCAACCGUGGGUAGUCAGUGAGGAGGAGGAGAAGCGAGCAAGGAGGAAGGCGGAGGGUUUAGACCGUGAGAAGCAGGCGAGAGAGGAGCGGAAGAAGAGGAAGCUGAGGGAGGAGGAUGAUGGGAAACGCGCUGUCGCCGAGAAAGAGAAGCGGAGAGCUGAGAGGAAGAGGAGGGAAGAAGGCCAAGGACGGAGAGAGGGCGAGGCCGGACCGUUGGGGCGACAGGCAGAUGGUGAGCAUAGGAAACGUCGGCGAGAUGUUGAAAAAGCGAGGAGACCAAAGUCUGAGGUUUCUGGAGCAUGA